CAAUACGAUGUGAUUAUGAUCGGAUUGUUUUGAUCUGAUAGUUUUGUGCAUCGAUCGUCUGAGAUCUUUGAUUUUGUUUAACCUUAUACGGACGGCUAUAAUCAUUUGUUAUCGAAAACCACGGCAAAAAUAAAUAAUGAACACUGGCUACAAUCGUCUUAUAUAGCAGAAUGCAAGUUAAACCACAUAAAGUGUAAGAUUUUAUUUGAAUCGAUUUUGAAAAAACUAAGAACAAAUCAAAUAACCGACAGAUUCCACAAGUAUCGUAAUGAUAUGCUUGCCGCCUAUGAGAGGUUAAAAUAAAACUUAACGAUUGAUAGCAUAAAUUAAGUGAUUGUGUGCAACAAUUAGAGUUAAGUAUUAUAUAUCACGAGUGGCUGUGCUACAAAUUGAAUAUGUAUCGAAUCCAUUUAGUAUAAAUAUCGAAAGUGAAUUUUCGAUUAAAAACAUUUUGUCGUGCAUAAAUUUAUCGAUUAACUUGCUCACUUUUAUUUAAAAGAAAAAAUACGUUUCCGAUAUAUUAAGGCUGUCAUUCAGUCAGACAGAAAAUUUAUAGAGCGGAUUACUGGUGGAUUAAGAGAUCAGUUUUUGAAUUGGUUUAUUAUUAUGGUGUAUUGUAAUGGUCUAAAAAAACAUGUUUGGAUUAGACAAGUGGAAUAGCUUGAGACAAGAUUAUUAGGCUUACAUAUCAAGAUUUGUGUAUCGUGAUCCGUUUCGUGCACUCGUCCGAGAAAAUUGUAUUUACUGUUUGAAUGUUAAAAAUGUAAACUGACAUUGAUGUUCAUGUGCGAUAAGGAAAACAUAUUCAUAUCGGAUAACCUAAAUAAAGGAAUGAAGACGGAGCUCCGCCAAUGUACAUCAUGUGGGGAACCAAUAUCCGAUCGUUAUUUUCUCGAAGUUGGUGGAUGCUCUUGGCAUGGAAGUUGCCUCAGAUGCUGCAUAUGCCUGACACCAUUAGACAGACAACCAUCAUGCUUUCUUAGGGAACGUCAAGUUUAUUGUAAAGCCGAUUAUGCAAAAAAUUUCGGUGCAAAGUGUUCUAAGUGCACUCGUGGAAUAUCGUCAUCCGAUUGGGUGAGACGUGCCCGUGAAUUGGUAUUCCAUUUAGCCUGUUUCGCGUGUGACUCAUGUGGUAGACAGUUGUCAACUGGCGAACAAUUUGCGUUACUGGACGAUCGUGUUUUAUGUAAAGCACAUUAUUUAGAAACGAUUGAAGGCGGUACAACAUCCAGUGAUGAUGGUUGCGACGUCGAUGGGUACCAUAAAAGUAAAGCGAAACGAGUUAGAACAACAUUUACCGAAGAACAAUUACAGGUACUACAAGCAAAUUUUCAAAUAGAUAGUAAUCCAGACGGCCAAGAUUUGGAAAGGAUCGCCUCUGUUACAGGCUUAAGUAAACGUGUGACCCAAGUGUGGUUUCAAAAUUCACGAGCACGCCAAAAAAAGCACAUCCAUGCUGGAAAAAAUAAAAUUCCGCGAGAUGCCGAUGGAAAUUCCUACAGUCGACAUAUUAAUCUACAGUUAACGUAUUCGUUUCAAAAUAACUCACACAAUUCGAUACAUCUCAACAAUAAUAAUAACAACAACAACAAUAAUAAUAGUUCAAAAUCAUCGUUAUAUCAUGCAACUCAUGGAAAUUUUGAAUCAUCUUUAGAUGAACUAUCGCAAGACUCUAGUAUCCAUUGUAUGCAGAGCGAAGUGUAGCUAAAAAAUCGACAACGGCUACAUUAAUAAGCGAUGAAAUCUGGCCUGUGGUUUGUUACAGCAAAAUUCAUGUUAAAACUAACAAAGUUAAUCACAUUCUUUGACGGACGGCUGUAUCAUCUGUUAUCAAAAAAGACGACUAAGUUGAAUAAUGAGCUAUAGCUAAUGUCGUCGUCUCAUUGUGCAAAAUGUAGUGAAUAACAGAUUCGAAAAUAAUCCCAAUGAUAUAGUGGACGUCUGUGAAAGGUUAAACAAAAUAUAAAAGUGAGCAAAUCGCAUUGUGCUUGCCGUUCCUGAAAGGAAAGUAGGUAAAUAAAUCGGACUCAAAUUUUGUUUUAGAUAUGAAAAUCUUCAAGUGACUUUGCAUUUAGAGCUUAAACCAUCGCUAGAUAUAAAUAUUUUGCUUUUCGGUAUUUUGUCUUUGUAUCACCGAUGGCUGGCUAAAAGCUACUAGUGAAUUUAAACUUUCAGAAACGGUUAAUCAUCUACAGCAAUAACAAAAAUGAGCGGAUGUCCUACAACUAAUACGACCUUAUGUCUUAUUGUAGUAAAAUGAAGUAACAGAUUUAGUGAUUGUACCGCGAUAUGCUUACUGUUUCUAUAAGGGUAACGUACCAAAUAUGGAACCAAGUCAAAAUUUCUCCAGUAAAAAAAGUUAACGAUUAUUUGAUUCUAAGUCCCAUUAUGGUCAGAUCAUUUUUGAAACAUUCAUAAUCUAGCCAAGUCUGUUGUUUACAGUAUUAUUACGGAAAGCACUGCAUUACGUACACCAAAACGAUUGUAUAAAGUUAAUUUAUUUAUUUUAAUUUAUUUAAAAAAUAUCUCACGUAACAUGGUCACUCUUAAAUUCUAUGUGAGUAAUUGUGCUCGACAUUGUGUAAAUAAAUAUUUAUGAAAAAUUAACACGCACAAAAAUAAGGAUGAUUUCAGUUUUUUCUUUCAGUUAAUUGUACCUUAAGUGUAAGUCCUUUAAAUUAACACUCAUCAGAUGUCAGUUUUGUCGUUCAAUGGUUGUUUUUAAUGAGAAUAAAAAGAUAAUGUGCGAACUACAUAAAAGUCUAUUAUGUAAAUUAUUUUUUAAGGAAA